CCUUCCUCACUCAUUCACCAGCCCCAUGCUGGCCACUGCUGGUGCCCAAAGGCCUUGACCACAGACAAGCCACCAGAGCUCAUGAGAUGGGGCCUUGGCCUGUGUGGGUGUGGAUCAGGGCGGGCUGCCUGGAGGAAGGGGCUUCGGAGCUGUCAGGCAGGCAUUGCUGGCAGAGGUGGAAGCCGGCAGACCGGGCCCAGUGUCCACCAUGCUCUCUGUGACACCCAUCUCUGGCUGCCUUGGUUUCCCCAUCUGCCCCUGCCCGCCCCGCCCCCCCCCCCCCCCCCAUUACCCGGAACCCUGACCAGUGGGUGGGCCGCAGCCUGGAAUCCGUUGCCUGGAGUAACCAGAGAAACAGAACUCCGCAGGACUCUGAGCCUCUUCUCCGGGUGGGCCACUUGUGCUCCCACCUACUGCCCUCCUGGCCUGCCCAGCCAGGCCCCCACCUCCCCAUGCAGCACCCCAAACCCUUCUACGCACCCGCCGCUCCCCAAGAAGGCUUCAGUCCCCGGAGCCUGGACGCCACCGAAGGGCCCGGCAGCCAGCCUGCUCCCGCCUGCACAGAGCCUCUUCCCACUGUGGGUUCCUCCAACAUGUAUCACUCUCCAAACCUGGAGAAAGAGGUGUUUCCAGCUCCUCCAGCAGGUUUCCAGAUGGCGCCCUGCGGGUGCUUCUUUGACCCCCACGUCUACCGAAUUGAGUGGACCACCUCCGACUUCGGCCAGUCGUCCCUGUACAACCUGGCCGCCGGGGGCCCCGCCUCGCCGGGCACCUACUUCCUGGAGGCCCAGCACUGCCUCAAGGCCCCGGUGCCACCCCCGCUGCCUCCACUGUUCACCCACUACCAGCCACCCCCCGCGGGGCCCCGGUACCUCAUGCCCUGCUUCCCGCCCGAGGGGCCCGGGGCUGAGGCCCUGGGCUUCGUGGGGGACGGAGGGCCCCCCGCCUUCGCGGAGCUGCCCCCCCCCUUGAUCAAGCAAGGUCUGGCACCCCCGCUGCCCCCCGAGGAGAGCAAGCUGCCCCCGCUGCUCAUCACGCUGCCCCCUGGCGCCUAUGGCCCUCUCAAGGGCCGCCUGACCCAGCUGGAUGGGCCCGGCGAGCCCUUGACCUUCCCCUUCAAGGAGCCGCCCCCCGGCGCUGGGCCCGGCCCGCUGUACCCACCGGGCCCCACCGAGCCCAAGGCGGCCCCGCUGGGGGCAGGCGAGGCCAGGACCCCUGAGGUGGCCAGGGCCUUCAUGCCGCCCAAGAAGGUGAUGCUCGAGGACGCGAUGAAGCUCUUUGACUGCCUGCCGAGCAGCGCCGAGACCGCCGGGGCCCCGUGCAAGCCCCCUGGGCUCGCCCUGCCCGACAGCGGGGGCGGCGGGGACGACUCGUGCAGCGACAUCCGCUCGCUGCACCUGCCCGACGAGCUGCUGUCCGUCGACUACAGCGUGCCCGAGAUCCUGGAUACCGUGUCCGACGUGGACUACUUUUUCAACUUCAAGGCGCUGGACGAGGAGCCGCCGCCCGGUUCGGGGGGGCCCCCCACCGCCAAGCCCUCCGGCAAGAGGAAGGCCGGCAACUCGACUGCCAGGAAGGGGAGGCAGGGCAGCAAGGGCAAGCAGGCUGCGGUCCCUACCAGCGCCACCCCUGAGGCCCAGCUCCUCCCUUUCCAGUCCACGAAGCUCCCUUCCCCCCGUAUCCUGGGCCAGGCUCGCGUCUGCUUUUCCCUCCCGCCCGUAUCCUGGGCCAGGCUCGCGUCUGCCUUUCGCUUCUGGAGAGCCCGGGGCAGCUGCCGGCCGCACCCUCCCCUGAAAUACUCAAGAUGACUCUGAAGGGGGUGAGUCGGUUUCCCAGUGACACGUAAGGAGGGGAAGGAGAAAAGUGGGUCCCCCUCAUGUGUGCAACCUGCCCCCAGAGAGCCAGCUGUUCCCCCAGAGGCCCCUGGCACAGGGCGACUCACCUGUAGUAUGGAUCCACGAUGGAAAUGAAGAAGAUGUAGAUGCCGUUUCUUUGGUCGAAAACGACCUUGUUCUCUGUCGGGCCUCCCAAGAUCUGAUACGGGACUUCGGGCCAUCUCAAGGGUGCAUUGUUGUUAGGGUCGUGGCAGCUCACAUAAUUCUGGGGAGGAGGACAGAGACAUGCCUGCUGGCCCCGGGGGCCGGGGAGGACCGUGCCAGCCCACAGGUGCCACCACUGCACACACGGCCCCACCAGUGCCACCACCCACCAGCACCCAUGGGUGUGAGCCCGGGACCAAGUGCCCGCUGGGCAGGCCAGCCGAUUUGUGACUCUGUGGAACCUUCUUCCCACCCUCCUCCUUCUGCGCCUGCCCCAGCUUUGGGGGCUGCAGGCAUAACAGCUCUGCUCGCCAGGGUCCCUUGCAGCUGUGAGUCUUGGUAUGAAAUUAGCUGCUGCUGAUGGCAUGUGCUCUUGGUGUUAUGGGCUGAGUUGAGUCCCUCCCCCAGGUCAUAUGUCGGAGUCCCUAACCCCCAGGACCUCAGGUGGUGACCUUAUUUGGAGAUGGGGUCUUUACAGGGGAUCAAGUUAACAUGAGGUCACUAGAGUGGGCCUGAUCCAGUAUGGCUGGUGUCCUUAGAAUAAGGGGAAAUUUAGACACAGAGACGACACGCACAGGGACAAGGCCAUGGGAAGAUGAAGCAAGAGAUUGGGGCGAUGCAUCUACAAGCCAAGGAAUGCAAAGAUGGCCAGCAAAUCACCAGAAACUAGGCCAGAGGCCUGGGACAGAUUCUCCCUCAUGGACUCAGAAGGAACCAGCCCUACUGACACCUCGAUCUCGGACUUUUGGCCUCCAGAACUGGGAGAGGAUAAAUUUCUGGUGUUUAACCCAUCUGGUUUGUGGUCCUUUUGUUACAAAGCCCUAGCUAACUAACACACCUGGGGAACCUGAAGGUGGAAGUGAGACAGAGCCACCAGGGCUUCUCGGGAAGCGGUUGUGGGUGCCCAGAGGUGGUCAGGUGGCAGCUGUGGCUUCUCCACCCUGCCUUCAGAUCCCGGGGUGUCACAUAAAGGGGGAUAUGUCCUUGAACUCAACUGUUUGCCCUUCACCGGUGCAUCAUGCUGCCUCCCUGAGCUAAGCACAUACUAAGGGUCUCGCCUACACUUUGAUCUUCUGCACUAUUUGCCUGUGGACCCAGAAGGGAGGGUGGGGCUAGGCUUGUAAACAAGAGAAGAGAUGGAAAUUCCAAAAGCAAAAGUGUAAAAAUAACAGUGGGUCCAACGUUACGAGAAAUAAGGAACUCGGGACUUCCCUGGCGGUCCAGUGGUUAAGACUCCACGCUUCCACUGCAGGGGGGCAUGGGUUCGAUUCCUGGUCGGGGAACUAAGAUCCUGCAUGCCCCAUGGUGCAGCCAAAAAAAAAGAAAAGAAGUAAGGAACUAAUUUUGCAUGGCAAAGUAAGCAAAAGCUGAAAGACAAAAGAGGCAAACUGGGGGAACUAUUUGCAAAUUACAUCGCAAAUAAAAGCUUAAUCUCAUGGAUCUAUAAAGAGCUCUUAAAAAUUAAGAGAAGACCAAAAUCCCGAUAAGAAUGUGGGCACAGAGCAUGAACACACAAUCCACAGAACAAAGAGGUGAAAAUGACCCUCACACAGGAAAAGAUGCUAAACCUGGUCCACAGUAGAAGAAAGGCGCCUAAAAAAACCACAUCAAGCAAUCGUGUCCUCAGACAGUACACCUAGCUGGUGGGGCCGUGUGGACCAGGUGAGCCCACACGUUGCAGGGGGAGGUGCCGAGGGACAACCCCGAUGGAGGCAGAGUUGGCGGACAUCUAGCAUAAGUGCAAAUGCAUUUUGCUUUUCGCCCGGCUAUCCUUUCCCCAGAAAUUUCCCUGAAGACACACAGCCCCAUGCUAUGAAGGAACUAACCACUGGACCGCCAGGGAAUUCCCACCCCCCCCACCACAAACAACUUUAAAAUGAGGAAGCUCUUCAUUUCCCCUUCUUGUGUGGACACAGCUUUCUCCAUCAAGAGGUAGCAUCUGGGCAGAACCCCAAACCUGCUUUCAACAAUGUUCUGGGCCCAGGAGCUCGGCGGCCACAUGGAGAACCACGCUCCUAACAGAAGCCUUGUACACGGGUGAGAAGACCUUAAUGCCCCUGCAGGGGUGGCCUCAGCCAACGCCAUGUGGGGCACAGGAACUGCCCACCUGAGCCACGGAUUUGUGAGAAACAGUAAAUCCCACUGAAUUUGGGGAUGGUUUGUUUUGUAGCGUUGGGUAAUGGAAAGAGCUGUCCUGUGUACUACUAUUGAGAAAGUUCAAACGUUGUCAGAAUCAAAAAGCAAACGUGUCCACGGUGUGGAUGGCCACCUGGAUGGGCGUCGUUUAUCCCCAGGCCCUGCUCCCGGGGCCAUGGGAAUGGAUGGAGGGCAAACACCUGACUCCAGCUGUGCCAGGCCACCUGGCCCUCCUCGGAUGCAACAACAGCAACAAUACUUCCUCUCGGUUGUUGAUGGUUCCCCAGGUGCCUGGAGCCCUGCGGUCCCCCACGGAGCCCCUGCCUCUUCACGUCCCCCCGGCACAGUCCUCCCGCUGCUCUGGCCCCUCCUCUUGGCCUCUUUGGCAGACACAUCCUUCAGUUACCACCCAAACACGGAAGACUUCCAAACCCACGCCAGCCCUGACUUGUCUCCCUAUGUUUUGCUGGCCACUGGGCUCCUCCACUCAGUGGCACCUUGAAUUUCG